AUGGGUCUCUUGUUCAAUGUUGGCCUUGCAAUCUUUGCUGCGACGGGCAGCUUCCUCUUUGGGUAUGACAGCGGUGUUAUGACCAUAGUUAUCCAAUCGCCUCAUUUCCUGGAAUUCUUCCAUACAACGAAGACUUCAGCUACUAUAGGCGCCAUCAAUGCAACGUUCUCGGGAGGAGCAGUGUUUGGCUCCCUAAUGGGAGGGUUCACGAUGGACUCUCUUGGUCGUCGAAAGACCAUUUUUAUCGGUGCUACGAUCAACCUUGUUGGCGCGAUACUACAAUGCGCUGCUCAAGACCUUGCGAUGGUGCUUGUGGGACGCAUUAUGGCUGGUUGGGCGGUUGGCUUGUUGUCCAUGUCGGUUCCUAUCUACCAAUCUGAGUGCGCUCAUCCGAAGACACGAGGUCUCAUCGUCGGUAUUGCCCAACAGAUGAUCGGAGUUGGCUUCAUUAUUUCCACAUGGGUCGGCUAUGGUUCGUCCAAGGUGCCCAAAACAAGCUCCUUCUCCUGGCGUUUCCCAUUAGCCUUCCAAUGUCUACCCUGCCUUAUGAUCAUCUGCGGUAUAAUGUUCUUCCCCGAAUCCCCUCGCUACCUCGUCGAAACCGACCGUUCGGAUGAAGCAAUGAGGGUGCUCAGAAAGCUGCACUAUGACGGCAGCAACGAUGAGUGGAUCGAGUCGGAGUUCAAUGAAAUCAAAUUGACCAUAGAUGCGGAAAAGGCGAUUACGGCGCCCGGAUGGAGAGUCAUGUUUACAGUGCCUGUUUGGAGGAAGAGGUUAAUGCAUGCUACCCUUGUGCAGGUCUUUACUCAAAUGACAGGUAUCAAUGUGAUUGGCUACUACUCCACCAUUCUUUACGAGAAUCUAGGCAUAACUGGGGACCGCAACCUCCUCGUAACCAGCAUCUACAAUGUCGUCGGACCUAUCUUCAACUUCUUCUUCAUUGUCUUCUUCCUCGACAAAGUGGGACGAAGAAAGCCCCUCAUCUUCGGUACUAUCGCCAUCUCCGUCGCUUUGAUCUGUGAAGCCGCCAUUGGAGCGCAAGUCACCAAGGCCACUGGAUCGCGCAAGGAUAGCCUGUCGGCUGCCGGUGUCUUCUUUCUCUUUCUGGUGUCGUGUAUCUUCAGCGUAUCGUUCGGCCCAAUCUCAUGGGUGUAUGCGUCUGAGAUUAUGCCGCUGAGUAUCCGUGGACGCGGUUCUGCGUUCGCCACCGGUAUCGGCAACUGGCUUGUCGGAACUGUGUGGUCGCAGGUCUCACCGAUUGGACUUGGAAAGAUCACUUACAAGUUCUACUUCAUCUUUGUGGCUUUCAAUCUGUGCGAGACAAAACAACUUGGUUUGGAGGAGAUCGAUUUGCUGUUUGGUGAAAGGGCCCUGGGUACACUACCUGACAAUCUAGACGACAAGCAGCGAGAAAUUGAGCUAGAAAGAGUUGAGAGAGCGAGGAAACACUUGGCCGGUAACACGGUGACGGCAGUUCACUAGAUUGGGACCAUUUCGCAACGCCAGAUGUGAGGAACGAGAUUUUCGUUCCUCUGGAGUAGAUUAGUUCUUUGCAAGAACAAUCCGUGGAAGAGAGGGGAAAUACACGACGUCUAUCAAGCAGCUGAGCUCAGCUCAUGCUUCCAAGACAUGUAUUGAAGAAGGAAUCUAGAAUUACGACAUUUCAAGAACCC